CAUCUCUAGAAAAGAAACCAAAAUAAAAAUAGCAGCAACUGUCAUCUCACGUUCUGUUCUUUUUAUUAAUAUUACCACCGUUUUAAAAAGCUCCGUGAAGUGCAAUUGUAAGACUAUUAAGUCCGUUUUGUCCGUAAAUUAAUUCAAGUGUGUGAAAAAAUGGCAGCGAAUGUUGACGAAGAACAAUCACUGCGUGAAUGUGAAGCUUAUGUUCAAACUCACAAUAUCCAACAAAUUCUUAAAGAUUGUAUUGUUCAAUUAUGUGUAAACCGUCCAGCCAAUCCCAUCGCAUUUUUACGGGAACAUUUUCAAAAAUUGGAACGGGAGCAAGCCCUAGAUGCCAAACAGCAAGUGACUUCCCCGGAAGACACCGAAGACUUGUCCCCCUUGCCCACUCACACCCAACAAUCGGUCCGUCGUCGUGGGGGCAUCUCCGCCGAGCCGGUAAGCGAAGAAGACGCCACCAGUUAUGUGAAAAAAGUCGUCCCCAAAGACUACAAAACAAUGGCAGCCUUAUCGAAAGCCAUCGCAAAAAACGUCCUUUUCUCCCAUUUGGACGAAAACGAACGUUCGGACAUUUUCGACGCCAUGUUCCCAGUGACAUGUCUCCCGGGGGAAGCCAUCAUCCAGCAAGGCGACGAAGGGGACAAUUUCUACGUCAUCGACCAAGGCGAAGUCGAGGUAUAUGUCAAUAACGAACUAGUUACCACCAUAGGGGAGGGCGGAAGCUUCGGCGAACUGGCCCUUAUCUAUGGGACACCUCGGGCGGCGACAGUCAAAGCGAAAACCGAUGUCAAACUUUGGGGCAUCGACAGAGACUCCUACAGGAGGAUUCUGAUGGGUUCGACGAUACGUAAGAGGAAAAUGUACGAGGAGUUUCUAUCAAGAGUGUCGAUUUUGGAGAAUUUAGACAAGUGGGAGCGUCUCACGGUGGCGGAUGCCCUAGAACCGGUGAGUUUUGAGGAUGGGGAGACGAUUGUGAGACAGGGGGAGCCAGGGGACGACUUUUAUAUCAUUGUUGAGGGGACAGCGAUUGUGAAACAGAAUCGAGUCGAAGGGGAGGAGCCGACUGAGGUGGGGAGGUUGGGACCAAGCGAUUAUUUUGGGGAAAUUGCAUUGUUGUUGGAUAGGCCACGAGCCGCCACUGUGGUGGCUUGUGGACCUUUAAAGUGUGUCAAACUAGACAGAGCAAGGUUUGAGCGAGUUCUCGGCUUGUGUGCGGAUAUUUUGAAGAGGAAUAUCACACAGUAUAACAGCUUUGUCUCACUUUCGGUUUAAAUAAUAACAACAACAGUAUUUUUUAAUUUUGUCAGCCAAAUUGAAAGUCUUCUUAUUUAUUUAAAAUCGAUUUUAUUCUUGUUUUGCAGAGGAAAUAUUUUAUUUAUGGACUUUAUUACCACAAAAACUUGACCAACUGGUGGUAAUUACGUUAUUUGCGUACAAUGGGAUUGAAACACAAACUUGUAUUAUUUUCAUUAGUUUAAGGAAUAAAGUAUACCAAUUACACGCAUUGAAAUUUUCUAAGAAAAUUUGAUUGGAUUACUUUUAUUGUAAAUAAGUGUUUAACAAUAAAACGAAGACUUCCUUGGUUUAUUGUAUGAAAGAAUAAAAAACUGAAACCUGAAA